AGAGGGAGGAGGGGGUGGCUCGCGCGCGCCUCUCGGCGGUCACCCGGCUCUGGCGAGCCAGCGCGUGCCGAGGCUGGGUCACCCGUCGGAGUGUCCGGCUGCCGGGCUCGCGGCCGCCCGGGGAGAUGCGCUAGGGCCGCGCGGGCCCUGGACCCUUCCGGGCAUUAUUAUGAAGAGGAAGCCCAGGGACGGAGGUGGAGUGGGACGCGCUCUCCCGCCGCCCACGCUGGACCCGGCCGGGGCUCCGGAGGCUGCGGCGGCGGCUGCGGCACCUGCUGACAGAGCAAUGCCAAAUGAGUAUAACUAUGUGAAACCGAAGAGUGAUUGCCCUCCUUCCCUGCCAUGGUAUGCCCAACCUCCAAAAAAAAUGAGAAGACCCAGCCUGUUAUUAAAAGACAUUCUCAAAUGUUUGCUAUUUGUGUUUGGAGUGUGGAUCCUUUAUAUCCUCAAAUUAAGUAACAAUGCUGAAGAAUGUCACAUAAAAAGAGUGCAUUAUGUGGAUCCUGAGCGUGUAAAGAGAGCACAGAAAUAUGCUCACCAAGUAUUGCAAGGGGAAUGUCGACCCCAUUUUGUGAAAAAGGAGAUGGAACGAUUAUUUGAUGAGAAAUAUGGCACAGACUCAUCCCCUUUUGUGAAAGAAAAUAUGGAAAUGAAUGAAGAUAUAUAUAAAUACGAUCCUCCAUUUGGAUUUCGCAAGUUCUCCAGUAAACUGCAAAACCUUUUAAAACUUUUACCUGAGUACGAUUUGCCCGAAAACUUGAAAACAAAACGUUGUAAACAUUGUGUUGUUAUGGGAAAUGGUGGAAUACUGAAUGGACUUGGACUGGGUCAUAUAUUGAAUCAGUUUGAUAUUGUGAUAAGGUUAAACAGUGCACCAGUUCAGGGAUAUACAGAUCACGUUGGGAAUAAAACUACAAUAAGGAUGACUUACCCAGAAGGAGCUCCAUUAUCUGACCUCGAGUAUUAUUCUAAUGACUUGUUUGUUGCGGUUUUAUUUAAGAGUGUUGACUUCAACUGGCUUGAAGCAAUGAUAAAAAAUGAAACAGUGCCAUUUUGGGUACGCCUGUUCUUUUGGAAGCAUGUCGUUGAGAAAAUACCACUCCAAUCAAAGCAGUUUAGGAUUCUGAAUCCAGCCAUCAUUAAAAACACUGCCAUCGACAUGCUGCAGUACUCAGAACCUCAACCAAGAAUCUGGGGCUGGAGUCAGAAUGUGCCCACCAUGGGCAUUGUUGCUGUUGUCCUGGCCACUCAUCUGUGUGAUGAAGUCAGUUUGGCAGGGUUUGGAUAUGAUCUCAACCAGCCCGAAACCCCAUUACACUACUUCGACAACCUCUGUAUGGCAGCAAUGAAUAAACAAACAAUGCACAACCUGACAACAGAAACCAGAUUUCUGCAAAAGCUCGUGAAAGAAGGGACUGUGAAAGACCUGAGCGGAGGAAUACAUUGCGAAUUUUAAAGAAGAUGAAAAAAAGGAACCUUGCAAUUUAACCUGAGAGGGCAGCUUUCAAUGGGACUCCGCACACAGGUUGCCAACCACAUUCUUCAUAUUUUUCAUUGUGUUAACAUUUUGAAAAAUAGCGGGGGGGGGGUUCUUACUCUUUAAAAAAGGUCAUUUUAUUUUCUUGUGUUAUUUAUUUGAGGUCAGUGUUUGUUUUUGCACAAUAUUUGUGUAAGCUGAUUUUAAGAACUGAACUUAGUUGGAAAGAUUUUUAAAGAGAAUUUAUGUGAUAUUGUUUUAUUCUAUUUUGGAAAAUAAUUUACAUUUUAGAAAUCUGUCUCUAUACUGCACAUAGCAUACCAUGUAAUUAGGUGAAGGGAGGGAGAAGGUAUCAGUCAUUCUCUGGUGGUUCCUGCAUGUUUAUUUUCUAAUGUGUUAUUCUGCCAAGGCUGUGUGGAGAAGGGCUAAGGGCCAGCAGACCUGGGGGGUGCAGCUUCGCCAGGGCACAGGCUGGUAGUGGAUUGGAGAGCCAUCCUCACUGAUGAUGACCACGCCACUUCUUAGAACACCCUGGCUGAACCUCUAAGUCAGGAUAAGGGAACCACCCUGGGGGUCCAGAUGGCUGGGGCAAAGUCUCCCCAUCUUCACCUAAGUAACUGACUAGGACAAGCCCCUCAGUUUUCACAGAAAUAGUGGCUGUUUGGCAGCCCAAAAUGGGGGUACAAGAGACUUGAACUACAAUGCUAUUUUUUGUUUUUCCUUUCACUUCUGAUGAUUCUACGCCACUCUCUUAAUUCAAGAUGCUCUGCUUUGUGUUUAUAAACAAGACCUUUAUCUGGUUAGUGUUGCUUUUGUUAAGUACAGUGAAGCUUCUGUUAUCCAGAAUCUCCAGAGAAUGAUCCAUUCCAGAUAAGAUGACUUUUUUUUUUUAGCUAGAUGAGAGUUUCCACUGCAGCUUUUUCUAGUUGAUGAUGGAAAUCUUUCUAAAAUAUGCUAGGUAUUUCCUGACCUUCAGAUGUUGUGUUUUGCUCUAGGUAUAGGGAUAGAAGCAGAUGGAGUCAGUAUGAACUCACCUCAUUGCUUCUCCCUGUCUCCCUCUCUCUCUCUCUCACACACACACACACACAUACACAUACACACACACACACACACAGAGGCAGGGAGUGACUUCCCCACUCCGUUAGACAACAGGCCUGGUUGGUGGCAGAUCAUGAACCCCUGGGAAGGUGCACUUGACUUUCCUCUUGGCACUUUUCCUCACUCCCCCAUGCACACGUUCUCUGUCUUGGUUUUUCGGGCCAUAUUAUACUGAAGUACAGACAGAUGUCUUCUCUGCACCCAACCGCCUCGGGAUGCCAAGAUGCCCUUAUUUCUCAGUCACUGAAUCUUUUCUCUGCCGCCUGUCCACAGCCUGGUGCCCCUAUGGCUGCUCCUUGUGUGACCCCUCCCUUCCCCCAGCUGCUGCUCUCUCCCUUUGCUCACAGAUUGUCUUCCUUUUCGUUUCUCUUGCUUCCUGUUGUCAUAUCUGCUGGGGGUUGUUUCUAUAAGGCCAGUUUUGUAGAUGUUUACCAGCCCAUCGGUGCCCAAUACACAGGCUCUGGGUUUUCACAGCCUUUUGGCCAUUUUCACUGGAAUCUUUGCAUGUGAGUCUUUUCUUAUUGUUUCCCUUAUUUAUCAAAACUUGAUUUUUUAAUCAGAAAUUUUUCCCUUUAAUUUUUUUUUAACUUGAGAGUCUAAAGUCAUUGUGGAUUUUUAAGAGUACUAUAAGGCUACAAUAUGAUGAUGAUAAUUUUGUGUUGUUUACCACAUACACACAUAUACCCCCCCCAAAAAAAACUGCAUACAUAAAAUAAGUUAGUUGUGAAACAAAUUUGGAAAAAUUUCCUUUUCUGUAUCUCAGGCUACAUUUUGAUGGCACUAGAAAAUACAGACUAAUUAGUAGCUAUUUUUUAAAACACCAUAUUCAGAACUAAGAACAGGGCUUGGAAAAAUGCACUGGGGGAUAGGGGGAUAAAUAGGUCUAAAUAUAGUCUCUUAGUUUUUUAAAAACAGAAUUAAGCCAGGCUCUUAACAAAGCACUUUUAGUUCUCUAGAAAACUAUUUGUGUCUGUUAAACGAUUUGUUUUAUCAUUUAUUUAUGUUUUAAAAUUAAUAUAAUAGAAAUUAUGUUCAUAUGCACAAAUCACAUUGACAUAAACAACUUGACCUUAAGUCAGUUUAAAAAAAAACCCAACCUUUUCAUUUUCUUAGUCAAACAAGUUGUUUGAUAUGACACGUCAAGUUGGUCCAAAUGCUCACCCAGAUUUGUGUGUAUAGAUACACAUUCAUACAAAAGAAUGCCACGACAGAAUCUUGAAUCUAAUAAUGUUUUUAAAAAGAGUUGGCAAAGGAUACGUGUUUAUUUCGAUGAUAUAGUAGCAACUCUUUGGCAUGUUAUACAAAGACCUGUUGGAUUUUCUUUGUAGGGUGCUAAUUUCUUCAGAUGCUUUUACAGCAAAGGUAUGAACAGUCAGGCUGAAAACCAGUCAGUUCUUCUCAGGACCAUUCCUUAUUUUCAGUCUUACAAAAUCACCUUAUGUGUAAUUUAUUUUGUCAGUUUUCAAAAAUGAUUCCUAUACCAAGAUAAAUAGCAUAGAGUAGAGGAAAAAGUCAUAAUUCUUGUGAUGAUUUUUGCAAGUGAAAAAACUCCUUUGUUAUGAAGCAGGGUUUUUUGUGUGACUAUUUAGCAAUGUUCAAAUGUUACUAUAAAGGAUCUAUGCUCUCAUACAUACAUGUACACAGCCAUGUGCGUGCGUGCGCACGCACGCACACACAUACAUAUCCAGAGCUGAAAAACCAAGGUCACCCUCAAACAAAGGCCCCUCUUGUUUGCUCCUGGUUAUUUCUACUGCUCCCAUGCCAGUGGUGAAAGGAGACUUUUCUUCAGCUUUAGAGCAAAGCCUAGCCCCUGGUUCCUUUUCAGUCUUCUUCUUCCAUAGUGAGUUAUCCAAACCUCUCACACUUCC